AUGGUCAAUGGUCAACAGUCUAAGUUCUAUCAUCAUCUGCUGCUUCAUGGUGCUAAUAUACCUGCAAUCUCUUCAGUCGCGAUGAAAGGACAAGCAAUUCUGCCACAAAUUAUAGCUGAUAUUAUUGGUUAUCGAAAAGUCAACGAACAGGCUAAUAUAUUGUUAGAACUGGCGCCCAAGUUAGUCUAAUAAGAAAACCUGUAGCUGUUGGGCCUAAAGCCUGUAUUCCACUAGGCAGAAUUUUGCGUGUGGAGUGGAAUUUUUAUUUGUCUUUUCUAAUUAGUUCCACCCGAGAAAUCACAAGACAAAUUCUGCUCCGCACACAAAAUUCUGCCUAGUGGAAAACAGGCUUAAGGGCAAAGAUGUGACAAUGACUAUUGCAAAGGUUGGUGGUGCAGAAGAACUAGUACCAAAGUUUAUGAAGUUCAAAUUCGUUCAUUGGAGAACAGAGCAACUUGUGUUAUCAAAGCUAUCGGAUACCGUCUACAAGCAGUGACACUUCCUCAGUCAACUUUGAUGAAAUUGGGAAAGCGUUCAGGAUCUCAAAGAGCAAGUUCUGGAGGAAAGACGAUCCUGUUGAUAUUCUGGUUGGCAUCGACAAUCCAAUCUGCACAUUGGUGAAACCCAACAACAUUCACCAUUAGGUUGGGUUCUGUUUGGGCAACACAAAUGGAAAAUGAAGUAACUAACCGAGUUUUUCACAUCAAAACAUUGAUAUCACGAACUGUGGACAUGGAAGAUUUCUGGAGCACAAAGUUGAUGGGAGUAUCAGUAAAAGCAUGUUCCUGUGAAAGUGAGAAACUAAGUCCCAUUGAAGUGCAAGAAUCUUGUCAGAAGAUUGGCAACCAAUGGCAAAUAUCUUACCCGUGGAAAGGUGAUUCAUCAACUCUACCUGACCCAUUAGACUCAGGGUUUGAGAUUAGAUUUUUUUGUAGGUAUCCAUCAUGGAUACCAGCAUUUCUAUGUUGGUAUCCAAAGUCAACAUGUGGUAUCCAACUUUGACACUGUAUGUGGAUGGUCCAGUAAAUUAAAAAAAGUUAUGUGACACCACCCGUUCACCUGAUAUUCAGAAUCAAGUUGUUGAAUCAAGAUAUUGAAGAUAAUGAUCCAACCAAAAAAAACCCACAAGUAAACAGUCAACAGCUGUACAGUGACUUAUAGUUUUUAUUGAACAUUAAAAGAUAUCUAGCAAAGUUAGCCAUAAAACAAGUGUAAAUGCUAAUUUGAUUGUUUUAAUUUAAAACAAACGAUUGAAAUCUAGCUUCAUAUCCUUCAAGUAUCAAAGGAUUCAAAUCCUUCAAAUGCUGGUUCAUCAGAAUCAGACUCAAACAAGUCUCUAAUAAUCUGACGCUGAGUGUCCAAUGGCAUUGAUUCCUGUUCAACUUGCUGAUCAGCCUGAUCUGCAGAUAGCUCUGAAUCUGAUUCGGAGAUGGAGGAGGUGGAACACUCUGACACUCUGCAUCAGAUUCAGUAUCAUCAUUGCCAUUUUCUUCGUUCUUCUUUGUUUUCUUCGAUACUUUUUGAGAUGGUCGUCGACCACGAACCACUGCCUUUUAUACAGAUACAGAUAUUUCACAGCACACUCCCUAUAUCAGGGCUUUUCAGUGACUGGUUACAUUAUGAAUAGAUAGAUAGAACCGGACUGACGUGUAUAUGCCAUAAAUGUAUUGCAGGAUCAGGGUUAAACUGCUUUAUUUCAGGUGAAUCCAAGGAGAUUCGCAUCAGGUCAGUGACCGCAUCAUCAGUGAGACGGUUUCGCCAAUCGGUUUUGGUAGUCUUCAGCAAGGAAAAUCCUCUCUCGCAUUCAACAGAGUGUGCUGGAAUUGAUAGCAACAAAUCAACCAACACCAAAAAGACUUCUGCAUUGUCGCCAAAUUCAAUGUUAAUACGCUCCCGGUUUAGCUCUUUUCUUUCUUUUGCACUUCCAUACCUGCAACAUGAAAUAAUAUCAUAAUAUAAAUAUAAUGAAUAAAUUGAAUAUUAUAUUUGUAUUAUCAUGGUAGAAACUAUGUACUAUUUUAUUUACAGCAUAUACAAAACAAAACUAGUUAAUUACCAAGAAAGUUAAGAAGCUUUAAGCUUAUAUGGAGUUUGAAAAGUUACUACACGAACAACAGUACCUUCUAUAUAUUCUUGACUUAAGUCCAUCCCAUUCAACCGAUGACUCUGCAACUAUGUCUUCCACAAUGGGGCAAGCAUGGAUUAAGUAUGGCUUGUAGUGGUUUAAAAGUUUCCUAAUUUCUUCGUCAGCAAAAUCUUAAAUAAUAAUGUUGUAUCAGUAUCAUUUGCAUAAAAAACAUCAAAAAUAUUUUUUUUAACUACUACCAUCUACCAAGCCUCAACUUGUCUUAAAGUUUAAGUAGCACUCAAAUUCUAUAAAUGCAGAAUUUAAAUAUAGAACAAAAUAUUGAAUUACAAUGUAUUAUGUAAUAUGUAUACAAUAGUCAAAUACUAGUGUAUAAUAAAUGCAAAACUUAACCUCUCCACUCUUUGAUUGGCCAGGAUCUUAGAUUAAGGAAACCAAUCCAGUUUAGAUGUUGACUGUUGGGAGAUGGCACAAAUCGCAAUUUAAGAGCAGCAACUAAUGCAUCAACAAUAGGUCUGAACCUCUCCAGUGUUGCAUCGUUUUCUUCAUGUAAAUCAAUUUCACACAGAAUACCAGUAUUAACCAAUUCUGUGAGCUUUGGUCCAGUCCUUUUUAGAAAACAAAAAAAUUGAAUAUAGGGGUUACAACAAUAAGAUUAAUUUAAAAUUGUAAUCAUUAUUAAAUUAUACAAACCGUUGCUUUAGUUUGCACAGAUUGUCUGUAAUGGUCUGCACAUAAUCCAUGCCCUCUGCUAUGUUGAUGUUUGGCUUUUGCAAGAACAGAAACAACUUCUUCAAACAAGUUAGCAAAUCGGUAGUCAUCACAGCAUUCUUAAUAAACAACACGCUUUUCAUAAGGCGCAUUAAUCCAAGAGCUUUUGCUGACCCAUCUGCUGAAUGAGGGUUUACUUGAAGCUUAAAUUAAAGAGAAACAACAAAAACAUAAUUUAAUAGACUUAUAGACAGAUAAUACGCAAUACUUGCAUGUGGAUAAUGUCCUAUAUAACGUAAGAUACAGUAAUACAGUAGAAUUGUGAGAUAUGAAUAAAAUAUGAAAAAUAUAGAUUAUACAAUUGCCACAUACCUCACCAAAGUGCUGUAAUAAAGCUGGAUAGAGUACCCACAUAUUUUGCAGAGCAGUGUAUGUAUGUGGUAUCCACUGUGUCCCGCCAACUCUAGUUGGAAUGCCUUUCACACCAAGAGCAGUACAGCAUAUCUUCAGCAUACUCCUGUUCAAAGAACUUGCGUGAUAAAAAGAAUAAAUGCUGUUGAGAAAGUUCACAACUUGCAAUUGAUGUGGGUUAUUCUUAAGUACAUCUUUGAAUGCCAAUUCCAAGCGGUGGGCCAUACAAUGCACCACGGUGAUCAAAGGUUGUUUUUGUUUAAGACGUUCGCCAACUCCCGAAUGACAUCCCAUAUUGACGCUAGCCCCAUCUGCUCCAUAUUCGACAGCCUUCUUGUAUAGAUCUUCUUCGGACACACCACCAAAAUCCUUUACGGUUUCUUCAAUUACUUUUGUGAUAUUCUCGGCAUUUGCUCGUUCAAGAUUACGCAGAGCCAAGAAUCGAUUACUUAUCUUUCCUUUAUUACAAUGCCUUACAUACAAGAUCUCGGCUUCGCAAACAGACGUGUCCGUAGUACCAUCUGUCAGGAUACUGUAACAAGGAGUAGUUGACAAUUCCGAAGCUAGUUUAAGACGCUCUGCCUCGGCUAUAAAAGCUGUAAACUUUCGCCCAGCUCGAUCAUUUCUGUAAGUCUCGCCAAGUUUUAUGUUGUGCAUUGUUUCCUGAAGAUCUAGGGCCCACUCGUAGUCCGAAUAUGGUCUCCCGUUCUUUGCUAAAGAGUGUGAAACUCGAAACAUCACACGCAUUUUCUCGAACUCCUUUUUGUGCAGUACUCGUAGUGCUCUUUCAGCAGGAUUUGUGCCCGGUUCGGCACUAAGAGCUUUAACAUUUGCAGCACAUUUAACAUGCCCGCUACUCGUGUUGUGCUUUCGAAGUGAUUUGAUGUGGAAAUUAUCACAUCCUUUAACAAACGCACUUGAUUUAUCUGCAUGUUUAUUCUUCGUGCAAACAUCGCAAAACAUUUUUUUGUUGACUAACCUCACCCAAGGAAAUGCUUUUUGCCACAAUGGAUUGAACUUGCGCUUUUGUUUCGCAUUUGACCUUUCGCUUUGAUCGAUAUUAAUAGCAUCAUUUCGUUGAUUGCCUUGAUCCGUAGGCAGUAUCGAGGUCGAGGAUGUAGUUGACCCGGUAAACUCUUGAACUUCCCCAGAAGCUGAAGGAUUGUCGCCUUUGUCGGUCGGAUUGCGAACAACAAAUUUCCACAUCAUUUAAUUUAAUACUUUUACUACAUUUUGGAAAAACUACAGUAUAAAACCUUUGGGUAAAAAAGCAACAAACACUGAAACAGGAGGCCGCACAAUUUGUAAAUAAUAUGACCAUAUAAGGAUUUCCGGAUGUUGACAAUUAUAGCACGUGCCUAUGUGUAUAUACAACCUUAAUCCUACUUUUAAUUUUUACCGUUUCGAAAUUCGUAAAUUAUGAUAAACAAAUGCUUGAAUGUUCUCGGUUUCUUUUGGUAUAUACAAUACUUUACUUUAUAUAUUUUGUAUUCUUUAACUAAUAGCCAUAUUUUGGUAUUUCAUCAACAAUUUACUUAGUAUCCAGCUAGGAUACCAAGGUUAUGACAUUUGGUAUCCAAAACUGAAAUCUGGUAUCGUCAGGAUACUAGGAUACCGCAAAUCUCGAACCCUGAUUAGACUAGAUAAUAGUUUGUUUUAUAUCACUUAUAGCAUAUCUAUUUUUAAACUAUAAACUGUAUACUAUUUAAAGCCAACCCAAUUGUGAGCUUCAAGCAAGUACCCAAGUUUUGUGGUAGACAAAGUUAAUGAACUCCCAGAAAACAGCAUGAAACUACUUCAUGGUAUUCUUGGGUUUCAUGUGACGUCACAGUGCCAAAGUAAAUAUUGACUGGUGGUCAAGCUAGCCCGAUCGCAGGCUAUCUCGGGUUAAAAGGACAGCUGCAUGCCUGCAUAGUUAAAAUUUUUGUUUUAUUUUGAUUGAAAUGAUUUGAUUGAAAUGCUGCAAAAUAUGUAACGUAAAUGACAAAAAUAUGCACUGUUUUGGGGCUGCAGUAACCAGUCUGAAAGAGAAAGAGAUAAGAUUUUCUUUCGAGUGCCCAAGGAAAAUUAACGUAGAGGAGAAAGAAUCAGUCAGCUAACAAAACAACGUCGCUAAAGACAGGGUUCCAAAUGGCAUUUUGCUUGUGCCUGGGGUUCAGUAUUAAAAAAAUUAAUAGCCCAAUUUUCAAGUUUUCAAGUACCCCCCCCCCCCUAAAACUUUUUUUGCGACAGGCUUAUAAGGUUAGCGCAAAUGAAUUAAUUAUACAUGUUUUGAUAUGUAUUUAGUAAUAUAUGGCUGUAAAGUAUAGUCCAUUUUACAGGUUUUGAUACCAGUACUGAUGGAAAUUGGCAUGACUGCACUAUAAAAACAUUAUAAUUAGUGACAAUUGCAAUACCAUUACAAUACACACAAUUUUAGCAUUUCUGGUAUUGGUAAUGUCUUUAUAAAAUUGCCGUUCUAAGUUCUUUUGAAAAUCAAUACUAGACAAUUUGCAUGUUAGCAAAGCAUCCGGAAAAGUGGUGACCAUAAAUACUGUGACGUUAUAAAGUUACGGUUUAAAAGGUCAAGUGCAGCUUAGAGAUGUGAUAUACUUUUACAAUUCAUGUUAUUCAUGUAUAGAAUCUAUAUAUAGACGUUGGUUUAUAUAAUAAAAACUCUAGUUUUAGUACUCAAACUAAAAAAAUAAGACCAUACCUAUUGCCUACGCCCAUAUUAUUAGAAACAACAGCUUUAAAAACAACACCGAAGAAUCCAAUUUAGUAUGUAUGCCAAACAUGAAUCACCAUUCGUCAUUGCGUUAUUUGCGUAAAUAAUCAUUGCCUCAAUAAAUGAGUGAUAAGCGUAAUAACCAAUAUUCAGUACAUUGUACUAUUGGUAGCUGUACUGAAUACAAGGAAUAUAAUGUAUUUCUUGCUUUUUUUCUGUUUACACCGAUGUUAUUGCGAUAGAUUUGCGCAAGUGUAAUUUAAUAUCACGCAUUGUAAUUAUAUAAAUGCAAACUGCCUAGUUUUCUGGGCGUGAGAAGGUGAAGAAGACUGGGAACGUCCUAGUUUUUUCUGCGCAGGGGUCUGAGAACGUCCUAGAAUUACCUUAUUUGGAAAAAAACUAGGCUGUUGUCGUCAAAAACUAGGACGUUCCCAGACUCCAAAAUACCAAUCGCGCGCAAUGACGUUGUUUUAAUCUAAAUCUAGACAUGUUGACAGGAUAAAAACAUUCCUAAAACAGAGAUUAUUAAUAUAAUACGGAAACAGCUUUACAUACGGUAUUAAAAUAGCAGAGUAUUUCGAAAUUAAGCAUGAUAAUGUAGAAUACACGUACACAACACAAACUGACAACCGAUUUUGUGACCUAUAUCAGGGCAUCCUAGUUUACGUUUUCUGGUUGUCUAGUUUUUCAAUUUUUACCAUUUUUUUCCCUAAAAUUGGAAAAUUCAUGAGAUUGGGUUCCCAGGCACAACUGGCCUCAUUUGGAACCUUGCUAAAGAUGGCUUGCUAAUCUCUCACUUUUAGUGAUGAACGGAGCAAAAUCAAAAUAUGCACGAGUCUGCAGCGACCACUUUGUUAAAGCUCAGUUUUUAUAAACACAAUAAACCUGUUUACAAUAAGCUUUCUUUAUUUGUUGAUACAUUAAUUGGUGUUGAGGUAAUUCGGCUUAUCAUUGUGCAUGUUAAGCAGUGGUGUAACUAAACUUUUUUGGACAUGAAAAAUAGUUGCUCUGAAUAAAAUUCACUUGCGAUCAGACAAUGGCCACUGGGGUAACUUGGUAGGGGGUAUAAAUUAAGGGGCUACAAGUUGACCUGCUCUAUAUGGCUAUGUUAUACUGCCUUUAUAGAUCUAGCUUUGGCCCAUAAAAAAAACAAAAUUUGAAAUCAAGUACAUGCACUAUAAAACAUAAACUUAAAGAUUCCCAGCUUUUUGUAGCAAGAUAACUUGCCCAUUCGGGGCGGGCAAGCAAGAUAAGACGUUCACUUGCCUGUCAUGAUAUCCACUUGUCCCAGGCAAGUGUUAAGUUACAUCGCUGUUGAGGUCAUUGUGAUUGUAAGGAUUGUUUUCAUUUGAUAUAAACUGUGGUUUGACGUGAUUGUUUUGAUCCUCAUAGGACGUCCAA